CACACCCACACACCCUUUCAGUAUAUACGCACACUCAAGUUCAACGAAGUGACGACCUCUUAAUAGUCCUCAGGGGUAUCGUUAGUUGCGUUUGUGCUUCAAUUCAGACUGCGGCAUCCUUUGUAUAAAAUAGUUGGUUCACUUAGCUCGAAGCUCUUACUAUUUAUAGCCUUCCUUAACUGCACCAAAAGUGGAUAAGGCAAAUAUCGGAGGAAUGGCAGACUGGAAACUGCCAGUUAGUUACAACUACAACCCGUCCUAUCACGCAUACGCCUACGGGCUUAUGUAUCCACAGGGCCCCGAGCAAAAUCACCAAAAUUUAGGAUGGGCAGAGGCCGCCUACAACCAUCACGGAGUCAGCGGAGGUUACUACUCUACGCCGCCGCCGCCGCAGCAGCAACAACACCAAUCCCCACCGCGGAAUUUAGAGGACGGUCAUACAACAAGCGCACACUUUCCAGGUUCCGUUUUGUAUUUCGCCGAUUCCCACGCACAAACCGGUCGACUUUUCCUUUCCCAUAACCGACCGCUAAGUAGUCAACGACCGACGGAGAUCGAGCGGGCAAGCAGCGACACGCCAAGCGACUCGGAGGCUCACACACCAGAUUCAUGGAGUUCGGGAAGUAGCAGAGAAGUAGCCCCACAGGUCCCUACUUCCUCCUGGAGAGAAGGAGAGGAGGAAGAUGUGGAGAGUGGGAGUCCUGACAGCAGUGGACUUGUUUCCAGCACUCUGACAGUAAAGGAAGAGGAGGCUUUUCAUGGGGGCGCUGAACCGGAAGAGCAGCCUCCUGUGUCCAUGAUGACCCCCCAGAGCGUCUCAGCACAACCCCGCAAGGCCAAGGCACGCACAGCGUUCUCAGAGGACCAGAUGACGGCGCUAACGCACCGCUUCAGCGUCCAGCGCUACCUCACUCCAGUGGAGAUGAAGACGCUCGCAGGCCUAACCGGCCUCACUUACAAACAGGUGAAGACCUGGUUCCAGAACCGUAGGAUGAAGCUGAAGAGACACCAGAAGGACACCAGCUGGGUUUCGGAGAGGUACUCUGACUCUGGAUACCGCAACAUCGCCCCACACUCUCAGUUUCAGGUGGACACUUCUGCACUGACCCAGGAGCAUUACUCCAACGUGCAAUUCAGGGAGACCGCUUUCAAGAAGAGCCCUACUCAAACCCCAACGUACUAUCAGAACUACCCACGACCGCAGUCGCCUCACCAGCCCCCAACACGAGCGCAUGGUGGUUGGAACCUGCCUCCUCCCACCCACUUCGAGUUUAACCCCAAUAAUUACAACAAUGGGAACAGCAGCAUCAAUAGUGAUGAUGGAACUCCAGUGGAUGCAGUUGAAAGUCCAACACGUAUGGGAAUGGGGCAGAGUGUCACCCAGUGGUCAACGUAGGUAAUGGCAGGGGUACGAAACCCAGGAUGAAUCUCCACUGAAAUAUCAGUAUUUCAUGUUGUUCAUUGCAUUUAGAACAACUGGUAUUUAAUAACAAAAUUCCCUCAGGGUGUCAUUCAUCAGUAGAAAUGAAUUAGACCAACGCCAAUCCACAAGUAACUGGCAGAGCAGAUGAAGAUGAGCCAUCCAUUAAGUUCCAUUUUAGUGUUGCGUGAUAUUUUUGUGGAGUUCUCCUAAAUGGUGUAUAUGGCUUCAUUGACUGAAAUGUAGUAUUAUAACUGACUGGCAUGCAUUAAUUUUCAUACUGAUUGACUGCCAUACUUCAUCCACAUUAAGUGUUAAAUGAAAUGAUUCACUUAAAUUGCAGACACUGACUGACUAAAUGACAUUAUUUUUUUAUUUGUAAGUUGCAUUUUGUUUUUGGGGUGUUUUUUCGUUUUUACAAAAACUUGUUUCUAUGCAAUGUGCUUUGUUUUUAAAUAGAAUGAUAUAUUUUAUACAAUUUACAUAGUUCAGUGUGUUUUUGUGACUUAUCUGUACAUCAUGCUCUUGACACUUCAGUUCUGACAAGGCUCUGUGCCGCUUGAUACCUUACUGAAUGUGAAACCAACACACUUAUUUAAUUUGAGCUGGUUUCAUCAUGUAACCAGGCACAGCUUACAUGAUGAAUACUAAGACAAGCGGAUCAUAUUAUUGUACAGUAUUACUUGUUCUGAGAAGUAUCAAUUGUGUAUAAUUGGGCUCCAGCCCUGUAUACUGUUGUAAUGUUUGUUUUGUGGAAGAUUUUUAGUCUUGGUUUAACGCACAAUUUCCUUUUAGUGUACAGAUGUUCUUCCGGAAGUGCAUGUAUCAAUUGAGGUGCUGCUCAAUGAUUAUUAGUCCAGGUGGCAGUACAUGUGUACUGGGCAUUCAUAUUUUGGUUUGUAUAUAUUGUCUGAAACAUUUGGCAAAAUGAUCCCAUGCUGUAGCUCACAAUGGUCAGUCCAAUGGAACCAAAUGUGGAAAUAUUUUUAGUCAGAAUUUUAUCAGAAAGCCAUUACUUGUCGCUGCCUGUCUAAUAUGUAAAUAGCUGCACACGUUGGAUGGUGGCGAUGGUUUUCAUAAUAAAUCUUUUCUAACAAA